AUGAGGUUCAAAAAGAAAGGGAAGUUAGCACCGUGUUUCAUCAGGCCUUUCGAGAUUUUAGAUCAUGUGGGAGCCGUAGCAUACCGCCUUGCGCUACCUACUGCACUGGCCGGUAUCCACAACGUCUUUCACAUAUCUAUGUUGAAGAAAUAUACACCAGACGAGUCGCACAUCGUUAGUUGGGAGCAGAUCGAGCUUACAGAUAAUGCCUCCUACACCGAUGAACCUAUCCGUAUCUUGGACCACAAGGAGCAUGUCCUACGGACAAAGACAAUACCACUAGUCAAGGUUCUUUGGACAUACCACGGGAAAGAAGAAGUGACAUGGGAACGAGAAGCAGAAGUUAGGAAAAUGUGCCCUCACCUGUUCAGUGACACACCACAGGGAGUUGCGUGA